UUCAUUUCUGGAACCUCACCGCUAGACAUAGGUGUAACUUAGCAACUGUGGUUCUAGAAAUGAAGAUAUUUUGUGAGAUUGUUAUAUCUGGAUUUGAUUGCAUAGAGUUCCAGGUUAAUCAGAUAUACUCUUCUCCCAAUGAGCCGUAUAUGCUUUUCAAGGACACUUGCAAUAGUUCACAGACUAUUGUGCCUACUAUUGCUCCUGCAGUAGUUGGAGAUCGGAGGAUAUCUUUAGGUCCUGGAGCAGGUUGUGCCGGCCUUACUACACAACUAGAACUAGGAUAUCGCCAAGCAUGUCUUGCAGCCAGCGGGCCAGAGCUAGCUAUUGAGGUUGUAGGGCCUGCUACGCAUAAUUCGAAUGGAGAAUGCUGGUAGAGGCAAUGAUGGCGUUGGCCUGGAAGCAACAGAAGAUGGACGGGUAGUGUUAUCUCAGGGUCUGCUAAGCAUGAUGGCACCGGUGAUGACGGGCGCAACCAUGACUUUGUAUUAUUUGUGGAACUUAAUGUUGUGUAACAGUUUGAUUGAGUUAAACUUUAAAUAGACUGUUGUUAACUGUUUUGUUGAUA